AAAAUGCAUUGCCUAAAAUGUAAAACUGCCCUAAUACAAAAUAAAAACUAAAACCAGAAGUGCGGCAACACCAAGCAAACAGCUGUAGUUAUUAUUUUGUUUACAAUCUUCCAAUUGUGAUGAACUAUGAGCGUAAAAAUUUUCCUGCCCGCUUUUCUAUUUCACACGAAAAAAGACUGUGAUAUAUAUGGAGAAAUACAAAUCAAUGAAAAUAAUGCAAUUUCCUAUUAUAUUAUUGCGCAUCAAGAUUAUCAGAGUGCAAGUCAAAGCAAUUUGCGGCACUUGGGACACAUAGUUCGUGCCGGACUAACAUCAGCCUUACAACAUCGUGAUGUUGCGUUGACCUUUGCCUACGACGGUGACACGCCAAACAUUUAUUUGCUUAAACUGAGCAUAAAACCGUCUAAUACUACACAAGUGAAUGUCUUCCUAUAUGAUGUGCCAAAAAUGUUGCAGUUGUACGAAUAUAGCGUCAAUUGUGAGACGAAUAAAAGCGACACGAUUGCCGAGAGAAAUGGCGAGGAAGAGACCGACCAAUGUAAUGAUGUUGUAUUGUUGUGCCGUCUGUUAAAUGAAAAUCACAAGCAAAAUAAAGUGCAUAAAGUCACGAUAUUCAGUAUUCUACAAAAGUUACUACUUUUACUGCCUAAUUUAAUAACAUAUUUAUUAAUUAUAUUGCUGGAGUGUAAGCCAGUUAAAACGCUUAUGCAAAAAACAUCAAUUUACACACACUUUUUGGAGUGGCGUAGAUUGGACGCAACUGGAAAACGGAAACUGAACAUAACAGUGGAUAAAAUUCUCGGUGUUAGUGUAAUGAUUUUCUUACUCUUUUACGUUUCCCAAUCCGGCGAUUACCUGCUAGCAACAUCACACUGGGUCAUACAAAAGCUGCGCUUGCUGCUGCGUUCACUGAAAGGCAGCCCAAUUGGCCUAAAGCUAAAUGAACAUCUUAACAAUUUUUUACUCGAUUGUUUUAAUUAUCACAUUGAUUUGUGGGCAAAGUUUUUAGAUCUUAUCGAACCAAUCGUGCGUCAACUCUUUGUGCCAAUUGCCAUGCUUGGUUUCAUAGGAAUCUCUUUUCAAUUAGCGUCUUUGCCGAUGUUGAUGUCCAUUAUCGGCUUGCAUGCGCAUUGCUUCUAUAUUUACACAGCAGUAUUGUACAAAGUGGAGAUUAGAGGUAUUCAAGUACUUUGGAAGGUAAUGCUGGGCAAACGUUACAAUGUACUUAAAAAUCGCGUGGAGUCACAUAAUUAUGUUAACCGACAGUUGUAUCUUGCCACUAUAUUCUUUACUUCGCUACUCUUUUUGUUUCCAACGGUAUUGGUUUAUUACGUGGUUUUCACAACGUUGCGCCUUUGUAUCUACAUGGUGAAUUUGGUUGUCGAAGUAUUGCGGCGUAAAAUUUUAGAAUUUCCUCUGCUAAGUCUGCUAAAAUGGACUAUUGGUAAAUUUUGCGAUAUGGAAAGUAUACACAUCGCUCAUAUGCCGCACUCGCCGUCACCUUUGUUGCAACCACAGAAUAUGCAAAUUAGUAUGUCCGUUUUCAAAUUGAGCAUACAAAAAUCGCCAUUAAGUCGGGUAUUUUCAUGUGAAAGUGGAAUCCUGCAAGAAUUUAAAUCGGAUGAGAAGAUGUCAAUUAAAAAUGCAUUUACGCGCAUGCUUAAAGGAACAUUUUAACACUGUUAGUAAAUUCUCUUAUGAGAUAAUAUUGAUAUUAAAUCACGUUAUGUUAUAAACCAAAAUGUUUUUAUAUUGUUCAAAAAUUAAUGAUUUUUUAAUACAAAUCAGUUAUAUUUUAUGCAUAUAAUGCGUAUUCUACUGGAAAUUUAGAUAUAUACAAUGCAUACAAAAUAAGAAACAAGGAUCCGUAUUAUAAGUUGUAUUAAAGUAGUAACUUCUUAAAAAGAAAAAGAUUUUCAAGAAAUCUUAUUAACUAAAUACACGCAUCAAUCAUUGUUCUAACAUAUAGUUAAA